UUUGAUUUUUUGCCAAAUAAAUUAACAAUUGAAUACGUCGGCGCAGCAUUGAUUAAAUUGCUGCGUCGGCGUUAACGUCACACUAGUCCUAUUCAGUUAAGCGGCCGAAUUGACGGGUAGUGAUUUUUAGUGAUUGCAUGGUUUUACCAUAUUAAGAACACACAGAACUCAUCAACCAUGCCUUUAUUGUCAGCUGUAUUUGAUCACUCAUGGAACAAUCCAUUCAAAGGCCCAUUAACAUCAGUUCAAUGUAAAGAAACAUCCACACCAUCAGUCACUGAUAAAUCAGUUGUAGAAAGAAAAACAUUCGAUCCAAAAUAUGCCGAAUUAGCGUCAGCCGCGUCGCAAUAUUCGGUAGGAAUUGCAGCAGCUGCAGCUGAAGGAGAUUCCUGUGAAUUUGCAUCAACUAAAUACUACGCAUUAUGCUGCGUUGGAGGUAUUAUUUCCUGCGGAACAACUCAUACUGCCGUGGUGCCCCUUGAUUUAGUUAAAUGUCGUAUGCAAGUCGAUCCCGCCAAAUAUAAGAAUCUAUUCCAGGGAUUCAGAGUUACCUUAGCAGAAGAUGGUGCAAAAGGUUUAGCUAAAGGUUGGGCACCAACAUUCUUUGGAUAUUCAAUGCAAGGUGCGUUCAAAUUCGGUUUGUAUGAAUUAUUCAAAGUAGAAUACGGAAAAUUAAUUGGAGAAGAAAAUGCGUACGUCUACAGAGCGGGAUUAUACUUGGCUGCCUCAGCAUCAGCUGAAUUCUUCGCAGAUAUUGCUUUAAGUCCUAUGGAAGCAGCUAAAGUAAAGAUCCAAACCACACCAGGUUUUGCCAAUACAUUACGUGAAGCUUUCCCAAAAAUGAUGAAAGAAGAGGGUCUUAAUGCAUUCUACAAAGGUGUUGUACCAUUAUGGUGUCGACAAAUUCCAUAUACAAUGAUGAAAUUCGCCUGUUUCGAAAAAACAUUGGAACUUUUGUAUGCAUAUGUCGUACCAAAACCACGUGCCGAUUGCACGAAGGGUGAACAAUUGGUUGUUACAUUCGCAGCUGGUUAUAUUGCUGGUGUAUUUUGUGCUAUUGUUUCACAUCCAGCUGACACACUUGUUUCAAAAUUGAAUCAAUCAAAGGGUGCAACUGUUGGCGAUAUUGUUAAGAAAAUUGGUUUUAUGGGAUUGUGGGGCGGUUUAGGAACUAGGAUCAUUAUGAUUGGUACAUUAACUGCAUUACAAUGGUUCAUUUAUGAUGGUGUGAAAGUAGCUUUAAGAAUUCCUCGACCACCACCAGCAGAAAUGCCAGAAAGUUUAAAGAAAAAAUUAGAGCAACAAGGUGGUCAUUAAAUACGGGUUUAAAUAUAACCUGAAAAAAACGUGUAGCGCCAUUUACAUAAAAUAGUUCAAUUUUAAAAUAUGUUCAUUUUUUUAAAUUUAAAAAUGAACAUAUUCUUUUUAAAAUAUCUGAUUUUAAAAGAAAAUCUCGUCAUCGGAACAAACGAUAUACGUUUUCUGUUCCUUAGAUUAUUAAUUAUCAUUCCUCUUCACUCUCGUUAAAAAAUUUUAAUUUAAUCAUAAACGUACUGUAAGUAUUUCGAGAGUUAAGGGCAAAAUCAAAGAAAAUUGUCAAAACUAACAAAGUAUUUAUUAUCUUCACACCAAUUAUUGAUAUUUUAAAAAAAAUUUUAUUUUUAUUGUACCGUGUUAUCGAAGAAGAUAAGUUUAUUUGUGAAUAAAGAAGAGUUAGAUGAAAAUCUUGGUAUUUUCAACUA